AUGCUACUCAAGCAACAACAGGUACAAUUUCAGCCAGCGUCUUGGAGGUACGUGUACUUCCUUCUGCUGAGUGUGGUUUUGCUGAGUUGCAUUCUUCGAGAAGUGACUCCUCUGUUUCUGACUAAAGGCUCAGCUAGGCCAGCCAGCGAGUUCAUUAAUAUCAAAGAAGGCAAGACACUGUCAAUUAACUGCUCUGCCUCGAGCAAAGCUUUAUAUCGAGUUUGGUGGGGUAAGUCAAAUGGAUCCGAAGACACUAAUUGGCUCACCCUGAAUUCCAUCAUUCAGACAAAUGAUCCCCGAGUUUCCAUUGCAACUCGCUCGUUUGGCGAGCACAAUGCAUAUUCUUUGCAAAUAACCGACAUCACCGAAUCGGAUGCUGGAAGGUACACUUGUCGGGCUGAGUGGAGAGGUGCUAUUUUGUUUGGAUACAUCUUCGUAUCGGUGCAGUACUUUCCGGCAGAAAACCCAAUCUGUGCCACGAAUAAAAGCGAUUGGAUUUCAACCGAAAGCAUCGCCGUGUGGUGCGACGCUGCGAUCGGCAACCCUGAGGUCACCAUCACUUGGACAGUGGACCAUUCUGACAAGGAAGUCACAGGUAGCAUCUACAGCACUGAACUUCCGCAGAGCGAACGCGUGAGGAGCGUCGUUAAACUCGGGGAGCACCUGCAGAAUCAAGUCUUGGUAUGCACGGUGACUAGUUCUGCAUUUCCAGGACAGAAUCGUAGCUGCUCUGUCUGUCCCAUCCUGCUAAAUACUCCAACCACAUCUAGUCGAGUUCCAACAAUUGUGGAGGUAUGCUCAACGCAAACCAUGCUUCCUACUCGCGCAGUCACCAAUGAAACUCAGACGGGGCACAUCGUGGCUGCAGUGGGAAUCCCUGCAUCGUUCGUUGUCGGCUUUCUGGUUUCCCUGGCGUGCAUAAGAAAGCGUCCACAGAUAGUCAAGAGGCGAGGGAACGAUCCAAAGGGGGAAACGGCCACACCCGUCGGGGAAAAUCAACCACCAGACACGGGACUUUCGGGAAUUCCGUACUUGGUAACAACAAUGCGAGACGAUGACGUCACAGGGACCAGAGUCUCUGAUCAUGCGUACGAAACGCGGAUCGGACACGGAAAAGACACUGACAACGCCGCCUACCAGCAGGUGGAUCGUGAUAUCGGCGAGAAUGAAGUGACGAGUAGUUACCUGGAACUGCAAUAG